UUUUGCUGGAGGAAUUCGAAUCGCAUUCCGCCUAGCUCAAGCCGGGUUGAGGGUGAUCGAACAGUUGAAAUCAAGGUUCGAAGUUGAGCGCUGCUAACACGCUGCGUGGAAGAUCAUUGGUGCGCAUAACGAAACGUGAGAGGACACUGAAGGACCACAGGACGCCAUGUCGCGAAGCAACUUGGCGUCGAUAGUUAAGAUAUCCUUGCUUUUAGCCUGCUUCGUUCUGAUCCAGCGUGUAGCAGGUGUACCUGAAGUGAUUACAUCAGGAGAUGUUACGGUGAAUGAAACAGCAACGCAAAAGUUAGAAUGCAGUAGAAAAGGACUCAACGACACCAAAGUUACUUGGAAAACACCCAUUGAUCAUCAGAAUCAUGAAAAUCAAAGCUUUUUCUAUGAAAAUGAUAUAGUGACAUCGACGCUGACGCUUCUAAAUGUUACGCAAAGGGAUGAUGGAGAAUAUAACUGCCUUUUUGAGGAUGGAAUUUUCGGAUUUUCAAUCGGUUCUAUAAACGUGAAAGUCCGCAAACCGAAUUUGGACAAUAAUGAUCUAUCUGCCACAGUAAAACCUUACAAGCAAGGCGGUGCUCGGUUAACGUGGCAAGACAAUAAUUCCAUCGUACCAGGUGAAAACGUAUCCGUCAGCAUAGAAUGCAAAAUAACUCGUGGAAACAAUGUUCCUUCAGGCUGGGAAGAUUGUGGAGAGAAAUUGAACUGCACGGGAAAUAAGAUACGAUCAGUAUGCGAUAUAAAAAAAUUCAAAAGUAAUGAAUUUAGAGUCAAGGUGAAGGGUUCUGACGGCCACGAUUACUUUAGUAAUUCGGUGAACUUUAACACAUAUCCCCCCUUCGCUCCAAAUGUUACACUCGUGAAUUCCACCCAGGAUUCAGUAACGAUUACUUGGAACAAGUCACCAUAUGUAAUAGAAUCUGACACCCACUUUCACGAAAUUACAGUAUUACCUGGGAAAAGAGUAAUAAAAAACUAUGGAAAAUUCAGCGAGAAAAUCAACGGGCUUAACUGCAGCAAUACGUAUUCGAUCAGAGUUGCACCUUGUGUUGACGAUGAAUAUGGCGGUUGCCUAUCUGCAAGUGAGGAACUAAAAGCCACGACGAAGCCGUGCAAGAUUACAAAAAAUAUUUCGGCGAUUUCUCAACCAGAAACGAGUACCGUCGUUCUAGCUAUAUUUUCUCUGUAUUUCCUAACGAAGUACAACUUUAAUUAAUAAUUAUCGGGUCAUUCGUUGUCGAUGAUUGUUUAAGUCAAAACACUAUUAGAUUAAAGAAAAUCUCCGGAUCGUCUAAUGACAGUCAACGCGACAGACUUUUCUGUGGAUGGAUUUUAUACAUAUAUUUAUUCCAUUUUUAUACAUAAAAUUUAAUUUUAAGAUGUAUUACGAAACUUCGUUUAGACAAAACUUCUUUACCAUACAAAAAUUAACACCAAAUUCAUGUAAUAUCUCACAAUCUCAUAUACAGUAUUGUCAUUCGUUUCUAAAUGUCUUAAAUUAAAUUUUUCGUAAUACUUACCGAAAAUGCAGAAUAUUUUUAUAUAUUUUUAAUUAGGUCACAUAAUUAUAGUUAUUUAUAGUUUGCUAGAAGUAACUCUUGUGUAUAUCCCAGACAACAACCAUCCGGCGCAUUCCAUCAUGAAAACGUUUUACGCGCUA